UCCAAACACAAAUGGACCUCAUCAGUGAAUCUGAGAAGACAGUCAUCUCCAAAGCAUUCAGGAUUAUUAAUAAAAGGGAUAAUCAUAAGGCACAGUCUGAGAAAUGACAUUUCUCAAUGAACCAGACGAUGAAGCCUGGUAGUAUUAAAAUAUUUAAAAAGUCUAAUUAAAAAGAGAAGGAAAAUUGCACACAGACGUAAAUAAAUCACGAGUCCCUCUUACAGAUAAUGAGAGCACUAAAACCAGGAAUAAGAUGAUGGAGGCAACCCAAGCUAGAAGCCAUUCCUCCUUUUGAUUCAAGUUUAAUUCAAAUAAUAAAAUGAAUUUGAUAAGUGAAGACUCAAAGAAAUAGAUUAAAAGAAAUUAUUAAGGAGAAAAGCAUUAGAAGUUAUAGAUCAAAUUGUCACUCUCUGAACAAACCGCUCAAUAGAUCAAUGAUUAAUAAAAUGUCUGUAACUCAACCCCCUCUUCAAGAUUUUGAAGAAGAAAAGUCCCAUUCGAAGCAUCUAGAAGUCGAUGAUAUCCAAGACCUGUUUAAGCAGUGUGUUAGGAAAGACGACACAAAGCAGUCAUGGCACAGCAUCGGAACUAACAAUUCUCAUAGCCAGUUGCUAAUGUACAAAAAUAGGGUUAACGAUUUCUUCAUGCAGAGCAUGAGUCUAUACGGGGAUGCCUUAUCAAAGGACAAGAUUUUCAAUUAUACUCGUGGAAACAAGAUAGGGCUAGCUCAUAUGCAAGAACUUAAGAGGAUCUUACUAUCUCUUAACUCUGAGGGAAAUGACAAAAUAGACUUCAGAGAUUUCUUACUGAGACUCCGAGAGAAGAACUUUGUGUUCCCAGAAAGCUUCCUCGUAAACCUAAUUAAGGACAUCCAAAUAAACCCAACAACUCUUAGUUACCAGAAGUUUGUAAUUGUCUUGAAUAUAUUUUACUCACUUCCAAUAUUUAAGAAAGGUGAUUCCAAUAAUUCUGAUAGCUUUAAGAACAGUCAGGAUCAGUACGGGUUCAAGAAGAUAGACCUCCCCGAUCACCUUGUCUCACUCAUGAAGCUAAUUCAUGUCAAGAUCGAUGAGAAAUUUAAGGAUUAUAAAGAUGCUUUUAGGGCAUUCGAUAAUGACUACAGCGGCAAUAUUGGAUUUACAGAGCUUGUAGAAGGCCUUGAAACUAUGGGCAUACUCUUAGAGCUAGAAAGCAUGAAGAAACUAUUUAAUUACCUGGAUGUCAACAAAGAUGGGGAAAUCAACUUUAAUGAGUUUUGAAGGCUCCACUACGAUAGCCAUUUGAUGAACAAAGAUCCUCCAGAUUUGAAAUAUAAAGUUAAACCGUUAGUAGCUUUUGAUCAUAUUACAAAAAGUACAAAAUCUGCUCAUAAGCCUCCACUUCAUCGUCCAAACUCUAGUGUGAGUAAUCCGACAGCACUGCAGACCCAAUCGUUUAACUUUAAGAGGAUUAGAAGAGUAAGGUCAAGGAAAAAGCAGCCUAGACAAAAGUUUCUGGGUGAGUCUCAAAGUAUUCAUAAAAUGGUUCAUGGGACUCGUAAAAAUAACUCUUGUCAUGAUAUGAAGAAAAUAAUAGGCAAUUCUUAUUACAAAAGGAAGAUUAAAAUCAUUAAAAAAAAAGAUAAAAAACAUCAACGAAGGACAUCAUCAUUUUUCCAACGUACUCCAACUAAAUGCACACUAACUGAAAAUCAAAGGUAUGGAAAUCAAUAA